CUGUUUUUAGUAACAAUGUCGGUAAAACGCUCAAAUAGCCUAAUACAACAGGCAGGCACUUCUAUUCACGCCACACCAACAGAUGAUUCCGGGGUUUUGGUUUCUCAUCGGACGGUAUGUAGAGCGGACACGAGCCUCCUGGAAAAGUAAACACGAGAAACAUUGACGUAAGAAGAACAAGCAAAAGCUAUCGUAACAUCAUAUUUCACAGUAAAUGUCUUAUGUUUUGUCUAAAGAAAACAAUUUGCCCUUGAAUAUGCCUAGUAAAUGUUUAUUGAAGUGCAGGACUUUGAUGAAGGCUAGAUACGAGAUAAAUGCAUGUUAGCUCAUUGUGUGAUGAGUGACUUCAGACUAUCAAGUUAGCUUGCUAACUAGUCAGAAGUUCUUGGUUAGUUGUGACUUAAUGUCAUUUCAUUCAGCCAACACGUUACCAACGUAUUUAUCAGAUAAUUUGCUGGUAUUGACAUGGAGCCUCAGCAUAAAUAUAUUCUUCGUAAACACAGACUGGAUCUUUCCUCAAACAUCAGCACAGACGACACUAUCGUGCAGUACCUUUACCAGGAAGACAUCCUAACAUUGGAUCACGUGGAGGAGAUUCAGGCACAGAGCUCUAGCAAAAAGAGAACUUUAAUGUUGCUCGACAUCCUCCCAGGCCGAGGGCCGAAAGCCUUCGGGAAAUUUCUGGAGGCUUUGGAGGUGGAAUACCCAUGGGUGCAGGAGAAGCUGUUGCAGAGACUGGACAACAACGCUGUCCAAAUCACAGGAACAGACCACUGGGCUGUUUCAGAGUCGGUUCUGCAGUCAGUUCCGUCCGAGCGUCAGCUGAACCGGCUGGCGGGUCGCCUGGGUCCAGAGUGGGAGUCCGUUCUGCUGGACCUCGGCCUUUCUGCCGAGGAUGUGUACCGUUGCCGUGCCAACCACCCUCUGGCCGUGCAGAGCCAGGUUCUGGCAGGCCUGGUUCUGUGGAAGCAGCGGAUCGGCCGGAGGGCCACGGUCCAAGCGCUUGUCCAGAGCCUGCAGGCCGCGGAACUGCACCCCUCAGUACUGGACCAGGUGUUUCUGUGACCCAGGGCCGCAUACUCCACCCUGUCACCUGCAAAGCACUGCAGCACUGCCUACAGGACCAAAUUCACCUGCAGCACUGGUAGCCUACAGGACCAAAUUCACCUGCAAAGCACUGCAGCACUGGUAGCCUACAGGACCAAAUUCACCUGCAAAGCACUGCAGCACUGGUAGCCUACAGGACCAAAUUCACCUGCAAAGCACUGCAGCACUGUCCGUCACACUCAUAGCAUUCACAUGCCACUAUAUGUUGCCGUCAACCACUCACUCUUAAAGCACUGGACACCAUUACAGCUCCCAACGCAGUAAGGUUACGCUCUCCGCACUCACGUCAGAGUUUGCGCCUGCCACACUUGAACCAACAGGAAACGGCUACAGGACUAGCAGCAUAUUCAAUUGACAUUCAUAACAGACACCUACAAAAGGAUUGCCCAUGAACUUGAAAAGCUACUGACUUAUUGGUCAUCUCUUAAAAUUCUUUUGCAAAGUAAUAAAAUGGAGAAAAUUAGGUUUACACAGCAUGAGAAUAGCAUCCCAAUGAUUCUUUUCCCCCUCACUAUUGUUUGUGAAUGCAAAGGUGCUUUGUGUCCUAUCUGGGUUCCUGUAGCCCAGCUGGGUAAGCAUGCGUGUGACGUGGUCUGUGUGUGUGAGAGAGUGAAUACGCUUGUUUUUGCUCUUGUUUUAGUGUUUGUUUACACAUUCGACCAAUGUGUCCUGUUUGCCCUCAGGUGAACCCAUUCACCGGCCUCUGAUAUCCUCACCUCUCUUCACCCCAACACAACCACACUCUCACUUACACACACACACAGACCACCCCCACUCGCCCCUGACCUGCACUUUCAAAAACACACUCAUACAUGCUUCUGACCUGGACUUUACCCAGCAAACUCACCCACUGACACAGCCGAUGGUACAGGGCCCAGUCAGGCGCCGUGGCGUUCGUGGCGGGUUAGGGGUGGGAGGGACUCCCCUGUCCUCCCUGUUUAAUGAUUGACAGGAAGCCACUUGUUUGUCUGUUUUUUGUUUUUCUGUUUUCUAUCUCAGGAUUACAAUUGAAGUGUCCGCGUUUUCUAAUCUAAAUUGAAUUUACAGGUUGUCUAUACGAAUCAGCACCAUCAUCACCUUAGUAUUUGACUUGUUUUAGGUGUCUUUUAGACAGAAACUAAUUGAUAGUUUUCAAAUGAACUAAUCAAAACAAAUCAAAAUGUGCAUAGGGGCCAUUACUAUGUUGUUGUGUAUUAUCGCAGAGAGUAAAGUUGCACCUCUGGUUAGAUGCUAACUGCAUUUCAUUGGCUCUGUACUUGUACUCAAUGACAAUAAAGUUGAAUGUAAUAUAAUUUGAUCUAAUCUAGAGGUUUAAGACUUUCAGAUUGGAGGUGCAUGUGCAUUAAUGAACUUUAAUGAAAGGAAACCUUUAUGAAACACUGAUGUACGCUGAAAAAUAGUCCUCUUUUAUAAAAUAAAACAUGUAAAAUGAAAAAAAGACAUGUGUAUCUGUGUUUUUAGGCCUUUGUGCACUGAUCAGGGAUUUUGCAUUUAUCAUUUGCAGUUAUCAUGUGAAGCUUUAUGAGAUUUUCUGUCUCUAAAGGUGUUUAGUCCCCAACGUGUUUCUCUGUUAAAAUCUUGUCAUGUUUUUUUGGUAUUCUAAUUUAACAGACCAUUAAAUGGAUGAUGGUGUCUUG